GUGAUACCGCGUUUCUAUUUUGAGUUCCUGUUCACGAGCUUUCGCCAUCCCCAUCCAUUAUUUGUAACCCGGACCAACUGCAGUCGCGCAUUUCGACCGUCUUCUCGAUUAUUCUUUAUCUCCUACAUCGCCUCUGAAUCUGCGAGAUGGAGUCCCUUAAACACACCCAGGAGGGCAGUAACCCGGUCUCUCGAUUGCGCAAAUGCGACCUCCGUCGCCGGUGGUGGAUUACCAUUGGAGUCGUGGUCGCUAUCGCAGUCAUCCUGGCCGUGGUUAUCCCACUGGCGCUCAUUCUACCCAACCGUGGGGAUAAAGGCGAACCUUCGAGCGUGAUCUUCCCACUGUAUAUCUACCCCGAGACGGACAGCACAUGGGCUCCUUUAUAUGACGCCAUCGCAGCCCACCCCGAUCUGCAGUUCCUGCUGGUGGUCAACCCAUCAAGCGGACCCGGCGAUUCGUCCACCCCGGACGAGGCGUACCAAACCGCGAUCCGGCAGCUGAAUACCUAUGCCAACGUCCAGAAGAUCGGAUACGUGCGAACAAACUAUGCCCAGCGCAACGUCUCUGAGGUGCUGGCCGACAUCUCAACCUAUUCUGGGUGGCCGUCGCAAUCCGCAGAUCUAGCCGUGACCGGGAUAUUCUUCGACGAAUCGCCGCACCAGUAUGCCGCUGAGACGGUCGAAUAUCUGGAACGCAUCAAUGCGGCGGUUAUAAAUGCCUCGGGAAUUGGGGGCGACAAGACGAUCAUUCACAAUCCGGGCACCCUCCCCGACAGCCAGCUAGUCCUCAACACGACCUCGAUCACCGUCGUCUUUGAGCAGUCCUACGACCACUACAAGACCAGCCAAGAGUCCCGGCUGAGCGCGGUCGCCGACUCCGCGGACCGCGACUCUUGGGCGUAUAUCUUCCACUCCGUCCCGCAGAUGGGUAACAGCAAUAUGGACAGCUUUGUGCGCGAGAUCAGCCGUCAGGCGGCGUACUUGUAUGCAACUACACGGUCAACCGAGUACUACGAGCAUUUUGAUACGAGACUCGAGGAGUUUUGUGACGCCGUGCCGACUUGAUGGAUCAUCAACCCACCCCAGUGGGGAUUGCGCUGGCGCUGGCAAUGGUACUGGCGCCGCGUGGCGUGCACUAAGGUUCAGACUGUGUUAGAGGGGGAUCAUUAGGUGAAUCAUUGGUGAAUCGUGGUUGAUUUAUUGGCCAGGUUUCCCCUGUAGUACCUGAUCUCACUA